AUGGCCUUCCACCAGAGAUCCGCGAGCGUGCCCUCAAGCCCUCGCUCCAACAAAAGCAGCAUCGAGGAACAGCUGCAGAGUCUGAAGGCAAUGGUCUGCUCACCUUCAGCGACCGUCGAUGCCAUGGUUGAUGCUCUGACCAAGCUCGGGAGCAUCUACGGACGCAUCGACGAGCUCACUUGCAAGCCCAGCAGCCAGCGUCAGCAGAGGAAGGCGGUGGAGGAGGAGCUCGAGCUCUCUCUCGUCCUGCUCGACCUCUGCAACGCUAUGCAAGAGAGCUUGGCGGAGCUUAAGGCAAACGUCAUGGAGACACAGCUGGUUCUCAAGAGAGGAGACGAUGCGGCUGUUCAGGUCAAGGUUCAGUCCUACGCUCGCUUGGCCAAGAAGGCGCAGAAGCAGUUCAAGAAGAUCAGCAGCAGCAAGGCUGCUUCUGACAAGGAGUGCUGCAGGGUGAUCGAGCUGUUGGCUGAAGCGAGGGAGAUCGCUGUGGCAGUGCUCGAAUCGACAUUGCAUCUCCUGUCGAAGCAGAUUGCGGUGCCGAGUGCUAGCAAGUGGUCACUUGUAUCCAAGGCAUUACAGAAUAAAAGAGUUGUGUGUGAGGAUGAGCAAUUGCAGGCGUUGGAGUUGGACAUUGCGGCCCUUGAGAACGGAGUUGAAACUUUGUUCAGGAGAAUGAUCCAGAGCAGAGUUUCUCUUCUGAAUACUCUUAGCUUGUAGAGAGAUAAGGCACCAACCAACUCUGAUCCCUGUGAUUGGCGUCCGCCUUUUAGAGGAUUCGCUGAUCAUCCAAACAAUUUUGAUGUAUAUAUAUGAGAAAAAGUGUACAG